AUCACUUAAUAAUCCAAGGCCGAAUUCGCUGAUUGUUUUAUCUUUCUCUGAGCUUCAUGAUAAGACAUUUACAUGAGCGGGCCAUUAUUCAUUGAUUUUGGAGUGACAACAUUUUCAAAAUUCAACUUUCCCUUUCCGACCAGUAAUAAAAAUGGUAGUGAAAGUUUUCAUCAGCAGAGUGUCGGGAAAUUAUGAGGUGAAAUCCCGCCAACAAAGAGUUCUGUCAAUUCUGGACUCCAAAAAUAUUGAAUAUGAAGUUGUAGACAUCUCAGGAGAAAACUCUGAAGGCGCGAGAGAAUUUAUGAAAAAUAAUUCAACCUCUUUUGGAAGUACAAUGAGUGAUCCUAAUCCAAAUCAUCCGCUUCCUCCCCAAAUUUUUAAUGACGGCGAAUACUGUGGGGAUUAUGACAUGUUUGAUAUGGCAAACGAGGCCGGCAAUAUGAAGACAUUUCUAAAAUUAUGUGAAGAUAAAGAAAAUGAUAAAGUAUCUAGAGUGGAAAUGAUAUUAAAACAAAUCCCACUAGCUGAAUAAACUUUUUAUGUUUAUAUUCAUAUUUUUAUAUGUUAAUAUUAUAAUGUUUUACUUGUCAAUUUUCUAUGUUAUAAUUUGAAAUAGAAUUAUGAAAUUUUUGGUAUAUAUAAGCCAGUCAAAUAAACUUGACCUUUCACUUGA